AUGCCCAAAAGUUUGUAUUUCCCGAGAAAAUUAUCGAAUCAAUUUGCCGGUAUGGAAAAUAGUGUCACUAAAAAUGAGUUGACCCGUGCCCUCGAACAGCUCAACAAAAACCCGAGUGACCCUAAUCUGGCGAGGGAGGCCGAUGGUUUGCUGAAUAGAUUGUAUUCACAGCUGUCCCAAACAGGAUCUGAGGGCCUAGCAUUUAUUCCGGCAAUAUUGGGAUUUCUUCAGUAUGACAAACUCAACUCGAUCGUGCUUGCCAAUCUGAUAAAGUUGCAAGCGAAAGGAGGAAAGGAUUAUAAUGAGAGACUGGUUGACUCUUUGGAAGAUCUGAUUGAACUCUCGCCUCGACAGCAGGUGCUCAAGGUUCUGACCCGAUUGUUCACCAUUGCACCCGCAAUAUGUCACCAAUUGUUCAUGGAGAACCAGACGCUCGUUUCCUACAUUACGAGGGAGACAACUGAUCUCAUAAACGACACAAUUCCAAAGUCCAGGUUUGCAAGCCUUCUGGACCUCUUUUCAGCUGCGUGCGUGGACGAGCUGUGUCGGGUCCCUAUUGCCGACCAGUACUCGGUGGUUCCCAUCCGCGCUUUGGAGUCUGCUGAUCUCCACGUGCGGGCUCUUGGGGCAUUGGUGAUCCUCAAGAUAUGGAAUAACCUAAAAAAAGAGACGUUUAAGGAUCGUCCUAGUUUGUCUCUGAGCAAUUUGGAAAAAGUGCUUUCGGAAGCUCUUGAGCAAAAUGACUCCUCCGCAGUUGAAGGACUUGCCUACCUGUCUCUUCAUAGCAAAUCAAUGAGAGACAACCACUUUUUGGUGGAGGAACUGACAGAAUACCUGGAUAGUGAGCCAUACGGGGUGGUUUGUGUGCUGGCUAACCUAACCUGGGUUGCCAAGAAAGACCAGCUCAGUCAGCUGAAAAACAUCAACGAAGAGCCCGACAACGAGAAACAGCUUCGUCUUUUUUUCAAGUAUCUGCUGGAUUCUGGAACUGUUGGUAAAGUCACUGGUCUCAAGUCUGUUUCCUCCAGGGUUCAAGAGAAAGCAAUAGAGCUGCUUUACAACAUAUCAACAGACCGGAGUUGCCGUCCGCAGCUGGCACAGCAAGGUGGCGUUGGUACGGUGGUCACAUAUCUCGUCAAGUCGUCUCAGAACAUCGACUACAAGAACGGAAUUUCGAUUAGCGAACCGGUGGAAAACCAAGAAUUGCGUCUCACCGCCAUCAACACGCUGGCAAAUAUUCUUUCCAGCAGCAAUCCGACUGCUGUUUUCACGCGUCCUGAGCUUGUUACACCCGUUCCCUUUUUGCUUGAGCCGCUAAUUCAAUACGACAUAGAGAUUAACGGCACCAACACUGCAAGCCCGCUUUCACGACUUGAGAUCGACAAUGCUGAACUGUUCACCUCAUUGGUUGCUCUUAUCAAUCUGUCGUCAGUUGACGACAUCGACGUGAAGCUGGUUCCGGUGAAACUGGGGUGGCCGGCCAUUGGCAAUCUCAUGCUCUCUGCUAACGUCCAGAUUAGACGUUGUAUUUUGGAGCUGUUGGCAAAUCUCAUUGUGACCCCACUGUGUAUGGAGAAGUUUUUCAACUGGUCUUCAGAGAAGGAUGACAAUCACAGAAACUUCAAGAUUCUUGUUCAGCUUGUCGAUCUAGACGAUCGCGCGUCACAACUGGCGGUCUUGAAUAUCCUGGCGAAUUCCAGCGAUUUUGAGCUGGUCGCUGUCGUACUUCAGAAGUCGGAGAUGUUUCUGGAUCGCCUGUUUGGCCUACUUCAAAACCAGUACGACACCGAUAUUCUUCUACGUGGAUUCUACAUUCUCCAGAACCUGGCACACUUGCCGGAUCAUGAGCUGGUGGCUUCUUACGCUCAAAAACACAACCUGAAAGGCAUCCUGGGAGGCCUGUUUAGAAACGUGGGUGACCUGGAGGUGAGACAUAUGGCAAUUGAUGCUUGCAAGAGGUUGCAACAAUAA